CCAAGAGGAGGCAACCCAGAGCUCAGCAAAGCAGUUGGGCUAAGAGCUCGGCACUGAGGUUUACACUCCAAGCGGUCCCCUAAAAGUUUUUUUCCCGGGGUGUUUUUGGUGGGCGAGGAGGCUGGUUUUGCUUGGCUGCUCGACAGUGUUCUGCAGCAACAUGGAAAUCGCUCUCCGGGCUACCUGUCCCGGUCUGAGCUCCUGCCCCUUCAGCUGACGUUCCCGGGAAGAUAGCUGAGACGCGGAUUGUAGAGAAACUACCGAAUGCUAUUUCCCAACGGUAGAUUAGGGCAGCUUUGAUUAAUUCCGGGGACUCCUUCCACCGUUUCUCAGCAAUACGGAUAUGCAACUAUUUUUCAUCGAUUGGAGGCUCAAGGAGUACCUCAGCUGCAGGGCAAAAUGCAAGGACAUGAGUCGUUGACUUCCUCCCAGCGUCAGAGCCAUAGAUAUUAAUCUGUAUUUCAACAUCAAUCUACAAUAGCUGAAAACACCUCACCACAAAACAAAUUAACCCAUGGUACUGAUGGACAUUUUUUGUAAAACAUAUUUUAAGAACUUUUAUUGAGAUCUAUUUUCUACUUGUGGCACAAUUCUAUAUUGUUACUUAUUGGGCACUGAUGGUAGCUUUCAGAAGGUGCUGCUUCAAAUGGUCCACCUCCUCUUUUAGCAAGAAGGAACUUCGGGUCUUGGAUAGCAACAACAUCUUCAGGAAAAAUGGUAUACGAAGGAAAGCGGCUCGUCUCCUGCCAUUGUUUCUUCCUAGUAACAGCCAAAUUCUACUGGAUACUCAGUAUGAUGCAAAGAACUCAUGGCCAGGAAUAUGCCCACUCUAUUCGAUUGGAUGGGGACAUCAUCUUGGGAGGACUGUUCCCUGUCCAUGCAAAAGGGGAUAGAGGGGUGCCUUGUGGGGAGCUGAAGAAGGAGAAGGGGAUCCACAGACUAGAGGCAAUGCUAUAUGCAAUAGAUCAGAUCAAUAAGGACCCUGAUCUUCUUGCCAAUAUCACUUUAGGUGUCCGGAUCCUAGAUACUUGUUCCAGGGACACUUAUGCAUUGGAGCAGUCCUUAACGUUUGUGCAAGCUUUGAUAGAGAAAGAUGGUUCAGAUGUGAAAUGUGCUAAUGGAGACCCACCUAUUUUCACUAAGCCAGACAAGAUAUCAGCUGUAAUAGGUGCUGCUGCAAGUUCUGUAUCCAUCAUGGUUGCUAAUAUUUUAAGACUUUUUAAGAUACCUCAAGUCAGCUAUGCAUCUACAGCUCCAGAAUUAAGUGAUAAUACCAGGUAUGAUUUUUUCUCUCGAGUGGUUCCACCUGACUCAUAUCAAGCCCAAGCCAUGGUCGAUAUUGUGACAGCACUUGGAUGGAACUAUGUGUCAACACUGGCUUCAGAGGGAAACUAUGGAGAGAGUGGUGUAGAAGCAUUUACUCAGAUCUCGAGGGAAAUUGGUGGCGUUUGCAUUGCUCAGUCGCUAAAAAUCCCCCGUGAACCGAGACUGGGAGAAUUUGACAAGAUCAUCAAGCGCUUGUUGGAAACUCCUAAUGCUCGAGCAGUGAUUAUGUUUGCAAACGAGGAUGAUAUUAGGCGAAUAUUAGAAGCAGCCAAAAAAACUAAUCAAACUGGACAUUUUCUUUGGAUUGGCUCAGAUAGUUGGGGGUCAAAAAUUUCACCCGUUUACCAACAGGAAGAGAUUGCAGAAGGAGCAGUCACCAUUCUGCCCAAAAGAGCUUCGAUCGAUGGAUUUGAUAGAUAUUUUCGGAGCCGCACCCUGGCUAAUAAUCGAAGAAAUGUGUGGUUUGCAGAAUUUUGGGAGGAGAAUUUUGGAUGCAAGUUAGGAUCACAUGGAAAAAGAAACAGCAAUAUUAAGAAAUGCACAGGCUUGGAAAGAAUUGCUAGAGAUUCAGCCUAUGAGCAAGAAGGAAAGGUCCAGUUUGUAAUUGAUGCUGUAUAUUCCAUGGCCUAUGCACUACAUAGCAUGCAUAAAGAUCUCUGUCCUGGCUAUAUUGGUCUGUGUCCAAGGAUGAGCACGAUUGAUGGUAAAGAGCUACUUAGUUAUAUCCGGGCUGUAAACUUUAACGGGAGUGCUGGAACGCCUGUUAUUUUCAAUGAAAAUGGAGAUGCACCUGGGCGCUAUGAUAUAUUUCAGUAUCAAAUGACCAACAAAAGUGCAGAAUACAAAGUAAUUGGUCACUGGACAAAUCAACUUCACCUAACUGUAGAAGACAUGCAGUGGGCUAACAGAGAUCAUACACAUCCAGCAUCUGUUUGCAGCCUGCCCUGUAAACCUGGGGAAAGAAAGAAAACAGUAAAAGGAGUGCCUUGCUGUUGGCACUGUGAACGCUGUGAAGGGUACCAUUACCAAGUGGAUGAGCUCACCUGUGAACUGUGCCCAUUCAAUAAGCGACCAAAUGCCAACCGCACAGAUUGCCAGCUUAUCCCAAUAAUCAAACUAGAGUGGCAUUCUCCCUGGGCCAUCGUGCCCGUGUUCAUAGCUAUUCUCGGAAUUAUUGCAACCACCUUCGUCAUCGUGACAUUUGUCCGCUACAAUGACACACCCAUCGUCAGAGCAUCUGGCCGCGAACUCAGCUACGUGCUAUUGACUGGGAUUUUUCUCUGUUACUCUAUCACUUUUUUAAUGAUCGCCGCUCCGGACACAGUGAUCUGCUCAUUUCGACGGCUCUUUUUAGGACUCGGCAUGUGCUUCAGUUACUCUGCCUUGCUCACAAAAACUAACAGAAUCCACAGAAUAUUUGAGCAAGGUAAAAAAUCUGUCACAGCUCCAAAGUUUAUUAGCCCAGCUUCCCAGUUGGUGAUCACUUUCAGCCUCAUAUCCAUGCAGCUUCUUGGAGUCUUCAUCUGGUUUGCUGUUGAUCCACCACAUAUCGUAGUAGACUAUGGAGAGCAGAGGACACUUGAUCCUGAAAAUGCCAGGGGAGUUCUCAAAUGUGACAUUUCUGAUCUUUCUCUCAUUUGUUCCCUUGGAUACAGUAUUCUCUUGAUGGUCACAUGCACUGUGUAUGCUAUUAAAACAAGAGGGGUUCCAGAGACCUUCAAUGAAGCAAAACCCAUUGGAUUUACUAUGUACACCACCUGCAUAAUUUGGUUAGCUUUUAUUCCAAUCUUUUUUGGUACUGCGCAGUCCACAGAGAAGAUGUACAUCCAGACAACAACACUUACUGUCUCCAUGAGUUUAAGUGCUUCAGUAUCUCUGGGCAUGCUCUACAUGCCCAAGGUUUAUAUUAUCAUUUUUCAUCCAGAGCAGAAUGUUCAAAAACGGAAGAGGAGCUUCAAGGCUGUUGUGACAGCUGCCACAAUGCAAAGCAAACUGAUCCAAAAAGGAAACGACAGACCAAAUGGCGAGGUCAAAACUGAACUGUGUGAAAGUCUUGACACCAACACUUCCUCUACCAAGACAACGUACGUCAGCUACAGCAAUCAUGCAAACUGAGCAGGGAAAUGAAAUGCAUCUGAAGUAUGUGAAAAUAAAAAAAAUAAACAAUGAAUUUACUACCACCAAAACCUCGGUCUUGGAAAGAGCUGUA